AGAAAACAUCUAUGCUUACGGAGUAAAAAUGGCAGGCUUCCUGGAUAACUUCCGAUGGCCGGAGUGUGAAUGUAUUGACUGGAGUGAGCGAAGGAAUGCUGUGGCCUCUGUGGUUGCAGGCAUAUUGUUUUUUACAGGUUGGUGGAUAAUGAUCGAUGCAGCGGUGGUCUAUCCUAAGCCUGAGCAGUUGAACCAUGCUUUUCACACGUGUGGUGUGUUUUCCACACUGGCUUUUUUCAUGAUAAAUGCUGUGUCCAAUGCACAAGUGAGAGGUGACAGCUAUGAGAGCGGCUGCCUAGGAAGAACGGGUGCCCGCGUCUGGCUGUUCAUCGGGUUCAUGCUGAUGUUUGGGUCACUCAUUGCCUCCAUGUGGAUUCUCUUUGGUGCAUAUGUUACUCAGAACAUCGACGUUUAUCCUGGACUAGCUGUGUUCUUUCAAAAUGCUCUUAUAUUUUUUAGCACCCUGAUCUACAAAUUUGGAAGAACCGAAGAGCUCUGGACCUGAGAUCACCUUGCAAACCACAGCUUCUACACGUAGUUUU